AUGGUCAAGGUUUUUUAUAAUGCCACGUCACACAAUGUCGGUAUCAACGAGCUGCGCGAAAAUCGCCACCAACUAAUUAACAAGUUGACUGGCGUUGAAAAUCCCGAAAAUUUCGGAAUCACUUUCAAUGGAAAACUGGUCACUGAAGAAAUCGAUCCAUCCAUCAAGGACACGGCGUGUUUUCGAAUUGUGCCAUUGAAAAAACAUCAAGAAGCGGUUGCCAACGAGGAAGAUAUUGAGAAGAUCAUCAAAAGAGCGUAUAGGCAUAAGAAUGAGAGUGUGCAAUUGUCUCUUCACGGCUACGCCACCAAAGAAGUCUGCUUUCCGGGUUUCGCUCACAAAAUUUUGGAAAAAUAUCCAGACCUUAAAAACGAUCCGGUGGUUCUCGUGGGCAUCACCGAUCUCAGCUACUUCUGUUUCAUAUUCGGCGAAAAUAACAAAGAUCAACUCCGCCAAUUCUUCCGUCACCAUCCGAGAUGUAUUCCGGUGUAUCUUGACGCUCUCACAUUGCCGCAAUACGAUGUCAGCAGUCAAUUCUACACAAACAACUCGAUACCAUAUUUCCGAGCGCCAGCCGCCAAUCAACCACCGCCAGUUGAAGCUGGUCCGAUCGCGGCGCCGGCGGCUUCAGUCAUUUCACAACAGGAUUUAGCGUCGGCGUUGGCUUCAAUUCCUACUAACCCUCCAAUGAUUCCACAAGCUCUUCCCGACUACACCGCCCAAUUGGAGCAACUCGCCGAAUUUGGUUUCGCCGACGCCACACUCGGACUGCUGGCCCUUCAGCAAACGAAUGGCGACGUGCAAGCCGCAUUGGAACUCCUUCUCGAUAUGACGCAAUGA